CGUCGCCGGUCCGUCACAGAAAUCCUUCCGUGUCCAAAUGCGGACACGAGCGGCCGGACAUGGCGACAGUGAUCGAGGAAAAUGGUCCUUCCACGCGUGUACGUGUUUCAUGUUUCAGUGUCAUUGUCGUUUUUUUUUUUUUUGACGGGUCACAGCGGGACAAUAUGUCCUCGCCAUCUCACGCCCAGCUGAAACUAGAAGGACUCCUGAACAAGAACAUGAGGAUCCGUAUGACCGAUGGGCGGACUCUGGUGGGGCUUUUCCUGUGCACCGACCGGGACUGCAACGUGAUCCUGGGCUCGGCGCAGGAGUUCCUGAAGUCCACGGACACGUUCUCUCAGGGGGAACCCCGAGUCCUGGGCCUGGCCAUGAUUCCCGGUCACCACAUUGUGUCCAUCGAAGUGGAGGCGGACAGUCUGGAGGAUGCGCAAAGCUUCGAUGUGAACCACUGACACACCAAGUCCCAUCCAGCUGCCCGUCAUCCUCAGGCCGAGCCAGAAGAACAACACACAUUGAGGGCACAGAACUUCUGUGUCCUCCUGUCCCCAUCCACAACACAAAGUGGACAAACUGAAAAAAGUGUUUUUCCUUUCAAGUUAAAGUCUGAUGCUUGUUGAACUUCAAAAUAAAAGUUGUACAUAAUGUAAUUGUGGAAUAAAUAUUUUUG